GGAAUGAUGUAAACUAUAGCUAGUUAGUUAGUAAAAAUCCCUAACUAAUUAGAAAUACAGCUGUAACUAACUUUCUAAAACAGUCUUGUAACUAACUAAAUAAAACAACCUUUUAACUAACUAAAUAAAACAACCUUGUAACUAACCUUGAGAUAUCAAUAUAUAACAGUCUCCUAGCCUGAAAUAUGGCAGAGAAUUCUUUUGAAAAAUCAAUCCAACUUGAAUUACAUCAAUAUUGGUAAAAUGGUCUAUCGAUAAUGAAAAUCUAUAACUAAUACACAAGUGAUGGACUAACAAUUUAAAAUAUCAUCGUAUUUAUAAAUCACGUGGUUUUGUGACAUAUUUGCUAAUGCCAUAGAAACCUAAAUUAUAUAUACAUUUUAGGUUAGUCACGAUUUUGAGUCUAGAGUUUAGACUUUAGAGAAGCGUCGUAAAUGAACUCUUUAAUCUUUCAGGCCUUUGCGUCUGGAUCUAUAAUACAAUUGUUAAUUUCCUCUAUUCGUGAACAAAUUUAACUAUAUGUUAGUGAAUAAUCGCAUAAAUCUCAUUGUCGUUUCUUACCGUUCACAUUUUUACUUUUGAAAAUACUUUUGUUAUCAACUUAUCUAUGACAAUUAUCUUUAAACGAAAGAUUCUUUUUAAGUCGUCAUGUAUGAAACGAAGUGAUCUUUUCGUUCAUAUUCUUAACAGGUCGGUCUCUCUCCUGCUAUUCAAAAUCUUAGUACUGCCACAUCGAUGAAGAUGACCAAGGUUUUCCAAGCGUUUCUCAUGCUCCAACCCCAACUCGUAGACCUUAUCCACGAGAUGCAGCCAGAUUGUAUCGUUUCUGACGUCUUUUACCCAUGGACGAGUGAUGUGGCAGCCGAGCUCAGAAUCCCACGGCUUGCCUUCAACGGUUCAAGCUUCUUCAGUUAUUGUGCGGAACAAUGUAUAAAGGAGCAUAAGCCACAUCUUGAAGUUGAAUCCAACAAUGAAAAGUUCAAACUUCCGGGGUUGCCUGAUGUUAUUGAAAUGGUGAGAUCUGAGUUGCCAAGUUGGAUCACUAGACAUAAACCAGAUGGUUUCUCACAAUUGCUUGAUGUCAUUAGAGAAUCAGAGAAACGAUGCUAUGGAAUGUUGAUGAAUCGCUUUCAUGAAUUGGAAGCCUCAUAUGAAGAACACUUGAAUAAGAUUAUAGGGAUCAAAACAUGGAGCAUAGGGCCAGUAUCAUUGUUGGCAAACAAUGAAAUUGAAGAUAAAGAAUCAAGAGGUGGAAACCCCAACAUUCAAACCACCAACUUACUCCAAUGGCUCAAUGAGAAAGAACCAAAUUCAGUUCUCUACAUCAACUUCGGAAGCUUGAUUCAGAUGAGUCGUAACCAAAUAACCGAAAUAGCACAUGCGAUUCAAGAAUCCAGUCAAAGUUUCAUUUGGGUCAUAAAAAAGAACGACGAAGACAACGAUGACGACAUAGUAAACAAAGGGUUACAAAAAGGGUUUGAGGAGAGAAUGAGUAGAACCAAAAAGGGUUUGAUAAUAAAGGGAUGGGCUCCACAAUUGAUGAUAUUAGAGCACAAAAGUGUUGGAGGGUUUUUGACUCAUUGUGGUUGGAACUCAAUUCUUGAAGGAAUAAGUUCAGGCUUACCAAUGAUCACAUGGCCAUUGUUUGCUGAACAGUUUUACAAUGAGAAGUUGUUGAUUGAAGUGGUGAAGAUUGGAGUGGGAGUUGGGUCAAAGAAAUGGUGGCAUUUGGGAGAAGAACCAGAAAUUAUUAAGAGGGAAGAGAUUGGUAAGGCCAUAGCUUUUUUGAUGGGUGAAAGUGUUGAAGCUUUGGAAAUGAGAGAGCUAAAGAAAUGGGAGAGGCUGCAAAAACAAGUGUGAAUUGUGGUGGUUUCUCUCAUACCAACUUGGUUUCAUUGUUUGAGGAACUUCAAGAAAUGAAGCUUAAGAGAGUGAGGAAUGGUCAGAAGAAUACUUAGAUGUUUGUCAAAGGAUAAAGUAUUGUUUUUCUUUAGGUCAGUCUAUUCAAUCGAACGGCUAUAGUUUGUUGUAAGGUAAAGUAUUUUUGUUCUAAAUAUAUUUUGAGUUACUUUUACUAUGCGACUAAGUGAGUUGUACUAUUGUAAUCUUCUACAUUUAGUUUAUGAGAUGCAUGUUCAUGUUUAAAAAUAUUUGUGAUUCA